GAGGCUCCCGGCAAUGGGGCCCUUCUCCCUCCUCAGCCUUGGAUUCCUGGUCCUGCUUCUGGCUCUCCCUGCUGAUGCUGGGCUCUCUCAGAAGCACGUCUCGGACGUCGUGGAUGACAGCAAAGACAACAUCACCAUCUUCACACGCAUCCUGGACAGGCUCCUGGACGGAUACGACAACCGCCUCAGGCCCGGGCUCGGAGACAGUGUAACUGAAGUCAAGACAGACAUUUACGUGACGAGUUUCGGCCCUGUCUCGGACACAGACAUGGAAUACACCAUUGAUGUCUUUUUCCGGCAGUCCUGGAGAGAUGAAAGGCUGAAGUUUGAUGGUCCCAUGAAAAUCCUUCCCCUGAACAACCUGCUGGCCAGUAAGAUCUGGACUCCUGACACUUUUUUCCACAAUGGGAAGAAAUCUGUUGCCCACAACAUGACCACCCCCAACAAGCUGCUGCGCCUGGUGGACAAUGGCACCCUCCUGUACACCAUGAGGCUGACCAUCCACGCCGAGUGCCCCAUGCACCUGGAGGACUUCCCAAUGGACGUGCACGCCUGCCCCCUGAAAUUUGGGAGCUAUGCCUACACAAAGACAGAGGUGAUCUACACCUGGACCCUGGGGAAGGAUAAAUCUGUGGAAGUAGCCAAGGGUGGAUCUCGCCUGAACCAGUAUGACCUGCUGGGCCAUGUGGUUGGGACAGAGAUGGUUCGAUCCAGCACAGGGGAAUACGUUGUCAUGACCACACACUUCCACCUCAAGAGGAAGAUCGGGUACUUUGUGAUCCAGACCUACCUGCCCUGCAUCAUGACCGUCAUCCUGUCCCAGGUCUCCUUCUGGCUCAACAGGGAGUCUGUCCCUGCCCGCACGGUCUUUGGUGUCACCACGGUGCUCACCAUGACCACACUAAGCAUCAGCGCCAGAAACUCCUUACCCAAAGUGGCGUACGCGACGGCCAUGGACUGGUUCAUAGCCGUCUGUUAUGCCUUUGUGUUUUCUGCGCUGAUCGAGUUCGCCACCGUCAACUACUUCACCAAGCGCAGCUGGGCCUGGGAUGGCAAGAAGGUGCUGGAGGCCCAGGAGAUGAAGAAAAAAGAGCCGGUGGCGCUGGCCAAGAAGACCAACAACACCUACAACAUUGUUGGCACCACCUACGCCCUGAACAUGGCCAAGGAGCCCGGGCUGCCCACCAUCUCCAAGAGUGCCGCCGGCGGCGCGGCCACCAGCGUGCCCCCCAAGAUGCCCCGCCUGGAGGAGAAGCUCCCCGAGAGCAAGAAGACCUACAACAGCGUCAGCAAGGUAGACAAGAUGUCCCGCAUCGUCUUCCCAGUGCUCUUUGCCAUUUUCAACUUGGUCUACUGGGCCACCUAUGUGAACCGGGAGUCGGCCAUCAAGGGAAUGAUCCCCAAACAAUAGAGCCUGUCACACAAACCUUCCAUCAGUCAGCACCAUCCCAGCAGGA